AUGCAAAAAGGCCUUCAUGGCAAGCGGCAUUAUCAGCGGUCACCUCCACUCAGCGCCGCAUUUCAUCUAGAGUCUAUCAAGUUGAAAAAACCGCAUCGAUAUCUAGCAGAAAUAAUUGAAGCACAAAUCUCGGGCAAUGAACACAACUACAACCACAGUGCCAUUACAAGUCACAAAGACGAGUCGUGUGGAGGAUUGCGCGCAGCUGGCAGUGUGGCGCCACCCCCAUUCAUACUCAAUGGCCAACGAUGGAGGUUGUCUACAUACUAUAACGAAGAUCACGCAACUGCAAUGGCCGAGUAUCUUCCCACAGGCGAGACGCGCGAUAACUGGACAGAGAUGAUUGUUUCCAUGAUUGAGCCGAAGCAGGACAAGUCUCUCAGGCGGCAUAUGAAAGACUUGUGGGUGGCCACUAAAUCUCAGCGAGCAGUGCUGUACUGGCAAGUGAUCGAAGAAAGCGCGACAGAGCUCAUGUUUGAAUACAGUUUGGACUACGGAUCGGAGUACCACCUGUAUAGGAUGACGGAAAAGAAUGACCUAGUUACGAUAUACUGCUACAGUCGUCGGUUGAAGGAGAACCCUCAGCGCGAGCAAACCGCUGAACUGGCGGCGAACGAAGCAACGCGCCUACAAUGGACCGACACUUUAAAGGCUGUGCCUUUAGAUGAAGACCCUAGCAGUACAGUAUAGAUAAAAGUAUCUUUUAAAUCGCUUGUCUUCACUCAUUAAAAGAAGUCACACGCCUACAAUGGACUGACACUUUAAAGGCUGUGCCUCUAGAUGAAGACUCUACCAGUACAG